CGGACGGAACCGGGUCCAGGAAGCGCUCGCGCAGAGGCAGCGGCAGCAGCAGCGAUCGGCAGCAGUCGACUCUAUCUGGCGUCCUUCGUCGCCUCAGCCCCCCCCCCGACGACAUGAAGCUCCAGAUCGCCCUGCUCAGCCUCAGCAUGGCUGUGGUGCUGGUCAUGGUCUUUCAGGCCGUGCGCCAGGAGCUGGAGCUGCGCAAUCUGAAGGCCCGCAUGUUGUACACGAGGGACGGGAUCAAGAAGAAAGAGGAUGCCAUAGUGCAGCUGAAGGACAAGAUCUUAGCGCUGAGAGGAACCCUGGCGUCAUCCAACACCAAGUUGGAUCAGCUGAAGAGGAAGAAGCAGGACACUGUGAAAUCAACAGAGGCGUUUGAGAAAAGCCUGAAGACCUGCAGCGCCGAGAAGGCAGAUGCCGAGAAGAAGAAGACCAGUAUGAAGGAGGCCUUGAACGAACUCCAGACUGAACAGUCAGACGCUAAAAAGAAGGCAGAACAAGAAAUUCAGAGUUUGAAACAACAGAUUUUGGACAGAGACAAAGCCAUUUGUGCCUUUGCAGACACAACCAAGGCAGAAGCCCGGAAGCUGUGUGCAGUAGCUUAAACAUCAAAACAGUCAAGUCAAGGACCUCAACACAGACUGAGCAUUUUCAAAAUGGCAUAAAGAUGUGAAUAUGAGGAUCCAUGCUUUGUCAUGUAAUUGAUGUGAUGGGGGGGCUACUGUAUAACUUGUUUUGUUGUCAUAAAGAAAAAUGGUUUUGGAUUUCCAUAGACUGUGCAUUUGUUAAUAGGGUGAAUUAUAAAUAUAAGCCGAGUGUGGAUGAACGUUAAAAUGUUACUACUGUGUUACUAUUGGUUGGUUGAAUAUAAUUUUAUAAAUAAAAACAUGGAUACUGAGUUAACAAAUAAA